AUGUUCCAAGGGCACGGGCUGCCAGUGGCGAAAAAGCCGCUCUCCGCCGCCCAGAAGGACCAGUUUUUCAACGUCGCGCCGCCCGAAGGCGAUCCGGAAAUCGCCCCUAUAGAUCCGCACUUCCCCUUCCAAUACAGCUACUCCGAAACCCCCUCCACCCCCCCAAUCGGUUACCGAGAACCCCCAUUCUCCCCCUUCGGCCCUGCCACUAUGUCUCGCCCCUGGACCGGGCGUGCCCCGCUGAAAAAGGCGAAAAAAGGGGGUGGUUCGGGUAAUUUACCCCGGGUGAUCCCGGAGUUUGACUCGUUUGUGGCGCCGAGGCGGAAGAGAGGGGUGAAGGGGGUGCAGCCUCCGGGGCCGUUUGGGGAGGGGGAGGGGCCGCGGUAUGUGCGGACUAGAGAGGAGGUGCUGGGGGCUCCGCUGACCAGAGAGGAAAUAGAGGAAAUGGUUGCAGACUGCAACAAAGGAAGGCGGCAGGUGAAUCUAGGUCGAGACGGCCUGAUUCACAACAUGCUGGAGCUCAUUCACACGCACUGGAAGCGGCGGCGGUGUGUGAAGGUUAAGUGCAAGGGCGUGCCGACAGUUGACAUGGACAAUGUGUGCCGCGUGGUGGAGGACAAGACGGGUGGCAGGAUCAUCAAGAGACAGGGCGGCACACUCUAUGUGUUCCGGGGCCGCAACUACAACUACCGCCUCCGCCCGCGCCUGCCGCUCAUGCUGUGGAAGCCCCCCGCGCCCAUCUACCCCAAGCUCAUUCAAGACGCUCCUGGGGGGUUGACGCUCAGACAAGCGCAGGAGCUGAGACGGAUUGGCAGGAAGAUUAAACCCCUCUGCAAGCUAGGCAAGAACGGAGUGUAUCACCGGCUGGUGGGCGUGGUGAGGGCGGGGUUUGAGGAGGCGGAUCUGGUGCGCGUGGACUGCAAGGGCAUGAACAAGAGCGACUACAAGAAGAUUGGUGCCAAGCUGCGGGACCUGGUGCCAUGUGUCCUGCUCUCAUUCGAGAAGGAGCAGAUCCUCAUGUGGCGCGGGCUGGACUCACAGGAACCUUCUCCCGCAGCUUCCCCCGAAAGUUCCUCUGAAAAUUCCACACAGGCGGAAGGUGCCAUCGCAGCAGCAGCGGCAGGCGGGGAAGGGAAUAAUCCCACAGGAGAAACUUCAGGGUGGUUAGUUGUAGCUGGGAGUGCUGGGAUGGGGGCUGAGAUGGAAGGAGGGGAGGUAGGGGGGAGGGAGGGUGUGUGGAAGUUUGAUGUGGAGGACGAGGGGGAGGUGGAGGUGAGUGUGAGUGUGGAUGCGGAUGGUGUGAUGGUGGUGGGUGGGGAGGAAGGGGAGGAGGAAGGGGGGGAGGAAGUGGGUGGUGUGGAUGGGGAUGGUUGGGAUGAUGAGGAGAGGUGGGAGCCCUUGAUCAAGGUCAAGGUUCUUCCCAUGGAUUUUCCCAAGGCGUUUCUCAAGAAUUCACGGGAGGAUUACCUCGAGGAGCGUCUCAAGGAGGCUCUCUAG